ACAGCAGUUUCCCCCCCCCCCCCCCGCUUGCAGUCUGGGCCAGUCUGAGUUCCGGGUGGGUGGUCGAGAACGGUUGACGCUAGCGGUGAGCUUACCUCCUCAGUUGAUGCCCUCGUGAUUUCGAAUGCAGCCACGGGUCUGAAAUGGAUUGCAUUCAGCUUCACAUGCGAGACAUUGGACAUGCUUGCGCUGCGGUCAUCUAGACGGCCCCAAUGUCAAUCUGCCCCCUGGUUUUUGUUUUCUGGUCCCCUUUGCUUUCAUGGAUUCUCGAAGAGGGACGCAUUCAAUUACGUUCCACCGCCUGUGCCGAGUUCAAAUUUUUUUUUUCCACCAAAAACCACUUAGUGCCUCCUCCUCUGCCCUCUUACCCUAGUGGUCUCGAGAGGGAGUGCGUCGGUCUGGCGCGACGAUGCACGUCUGGGUACGCGAGAGUUUAUCGGCCUCCAUGUUCACGAUAUUGCACCGAUGGACGUGAGAGGAACCAAGAGCCCACCCCCCCCUCCUCCCCCGCAGACAUGAGUCGGGUUGUUUACAUCUUGCCACAACCUUAUCACAAGAGGGGGGUGUGUGUGUGUGCGUGCGCGACAUAUGCACAGGAGGCCUUUUCACUUCUUAAUUUACUUGUUGUUUGAUGUUACUGGGGGAAGGGGAGGCAUAAAAAAGAGAAAAAAGAAAAACACGUCCCCUUCCUCCCUCAACCCGGGCUUGAGAGGGGGAGAAAAUCGUGAUCGCAGGCUGGCGGACUGGUCGCA